CUCUCGACAAGAGCCCAAGCACACAGUUAAACAAUGUCUGUUAACGUUAAAAGAGUGUCAUCCGAUGCGCUGGAGCACAAAAUUUGCAGUUCUCAACAUGAGCAAAACAAGAUUACUGCAUCGGUCAGCAUGCAGGAAGACAAACCAAUCAAUUUUUUACGUGUUUUAUUUGAGGGUGCUAUAGCUGGAGGUGCUGCUGGAAUUGUUGCGGAAACAAUUUUAUAUCCAAUUGAUACAAUAAAGACUCGACUUCAAGCAGUUCAUGGUGGAGGAAAAAUCGAUUUGAAGGGUCUUUAUUCUGGAUUGGCUGGAAAUCUUGCGGGUGCCUUACCGUAA